AUGGGUAAACCUCAGUCAGGGCUGUUUGUGAAACUACCUCUCAUUGAGUUUUGCGUAGUGACCGUCUUGUUAACGAUGGCAGGCCGCUUCGAGUGUAACAUGUAUGCUCCAACCAAGAGUCGCUCGCGGCUUCGGGAGGCCAUAUCGAAGACUUACACUCCCCUUUCGGGUUGUCGCACAAACCCCGAAACCGAGGUACUUGUGACCACAGGGGCCAACGAAGGAAUGCUCAGAGUAUUGAUGGCGUUUCUGAAUCCAGGUGAUGAAUUACACGCCCCGCUUGAGCUCGUCGCUCCUUGCCGGAAAUAUUUGGACGACUAUCAUAUGGCUGAGGGUGUCAUUCAAUGCGUUCCUCUGCGACCCCCUGCGAAGGCAGACAUUGCAAUCUGCUCGUCCACUGAGUGGACCAUCAAUUUCGUCGAGGUGGAACAGUCAAUCACCUCGCGCACCAAGAUGAUCGUCACCCGCCAUAACCCUACCGGAAAGGUGUUUUCACACGAGGAGCUGCGGCACAUCAGUGACAUUUGCGUUCGACAUAACCUGCUUGUACUCAGAGACGAGGUCUUUCAGGAAUGGGAUUUUGCCUAUACGAUCCCGGAAGGCGGGUAUUUUGUCCUCGUUAAUCUGGCCAAAGUCCAGGUUCCCAGGGAGUAUAGGCUCCCGCCAUAUAUCUGUGAGCGCAGAAGGGAUAUCCUGCUGGCAUGGUUCUUCAUCAUGGAACUGGGUGUGGCGGCCAUUCUAGCGAGUGAAUUCUACAGCUUGGAGCACGCAUGCUUGGGAGAGAAGUAUCUUCGCUUGGCGGUGUGCCAGGGCGAUGACAUACUGGAUUUAGCCAAGGCCCGACUUUGCGGGAAUGACGCUGCCUGGAUGUAUCGCCUUGUUGUUGGUGUUGACGCUAGGCAAGCCUCAAUUGCGUGCUUCUGA